GGUUUGAAUGUUAUAUAUGUCACUCGAGAAACACCGUCACUUGGAACGACUAUCAUCUUCCAUCCUUGAGGCUUCAAGCUUGAGGUUUGUUAAGAAGACCACCUAAAGUUGGGCCUUCCAGCGUCUACUUUUAUUAUCGACUACCUUAGCUUCAGCGCUCAGCUUCAACGCAGCUCUAGCGUAGCUUCAACUUUUGAACCUAUGCGUUGCCGACGCAAACCAUCAGGUACACUAGUCUAUUGUUUGACUUUUAUACCCUCAUAUGCCAUGCGUGAUAUUCGUAUCGCGCUGAUUGCUGAUUUGCGAAAACACAUUGUGAAUACGUUUUCACCUAUCCCCCCGAAGUCCGAGGUCUCGCAUUUGACGCUAUCUGCUCUGGCUAGCCAAGCGUCGAUGGGAAUUCUUGAUACUGUUGCAUAUAUAUUUUCCUUGCCCAUUCCUCCUGAUGUAAAUGAAGACACACCUGAUCUACCCCCUGAUAUAGAUGGGGAAACUGUUUCUACCGACGAUUACAAUGAAAAAUGCGCAGCAUGGGUUCCAGAAAAAAAUUCCACAUAUUGGAGAGAGUACCUCCAGAGCCCUCAUUCGCGUACAAGGAUCCCCGUCCCCCAGCCUAGAUAUCCUCACAUGGAGGAUUGGCUUAUAAUGGACAAGAUUGACGGAGAUAAUGCUCGAGAAUUCUUGGGGUAGCUUGAGUCUCUUUAUGCAGUUUCGCAUCGCCUGUACCAUGCGGCGAUAUAUCAGGCAGCUCCAGCACCUGAAAGGCACCGUUCCCGGGAUGCCUGAUGGAUGCGUGGGUGGUAACCUGUUCUUUUGCAACCAGCAUGGUCCCUUCAAGGACUCUGCACACUUCCAAUCGUUCUGCGAGAUGGUUGCCCAACAGGCCUAUGUCAACAACCUCCGAGAGUAUCGAAACAAAAUUACUGAUACGCU